AAGAAUCUGAAAUUAUAAAAAACGUUGAUAAUGACCCGACGCCGUUCCAAGCACGACAAAAGAACAAAACUGGAAGAUAAAGCGUUCGAGCCAGCAGACUUUUCCUACUGGGACCCAUACUACGUGGAUUCUGAAAUAGUUCAAAGGUAUAAACGGAAUAUAGAAGAAGAAGAAGCCUUUGAAGCAGAGGUAACAACGGUAGAGACGACAGCAUCGAAGCCUGUGAAACAACAUUUGGGACCGGCAAUCGCUUUGACAGCUAUAUUUGGUGCUUUGUUUGUUAUAUUGCCGUGUCUAGUGAAGAAGGGACCUAAUAGAGGAAUAAUACAGUGCAGCAUUAUGAUAACAAUAUUCUGCAUGUGGAUAUUCUGGGUGACAAUUUACAUCGGGCAAAUGAACCCUCUAAUGGGUCCAAGGCUUGAAAACACCACAGUCGCUUGGAUUGCUCACAAAUUGGGUAAUCAAGUUGUAAGAGGCAACUCUAGUAGUUCCGACUAAUGAUUAUGUUUCUCUAAUAUUAAUGUUAUUGAAAAGCGGAAGUGUCGUUCUCUUUAAGGCUAAUAAAGUAUACAAAUAAA